CCGGAUUUAACCGAAUUAAUUGAACUUAUCCGAACUUAACCGAAUUAAUUGAACUUAUCCGGACUUAACCGAAUUAAUUGAACUUAUCCGGACUUAACCGAAUUAAUUGAACUUAUCCGGAAACGACAUCGUUUCUAGUCUCUUCUUCCUCCUCGACCGGCGAUAUUUGAUUGUCGGAAACAAACCCUAGCUAAUCAAUCCCAGCAUCUUCUCUGCUCAUACUCAAUUCGUCUACCUACUGCUCCUUUCGGCUUUAUCCAGGAGCAUUAAAUUUUGAGCUCUCCUGAAACAAACAAAAAAAGAGAGAGAGAGAGAGAGAGAGAGAGAGAGAGAGAGAGAUGAAGAUUGCUAUUGAAGGGUGUAUGCAUGGAGACCUCGACAAUGUGUACAAGACCAUUCAACAUCACGAACAGAUUCACAACACUAAAGUCGAUCUCCUCCUCUGCUGCGGCGAUUUCCAGGCUGUGAGAAAUGAGAAAGACAUGGAUAGCCUUAGCGUACCUAUAAAAUACAGAGAGAUGAAGUCCUUCUGGAAGUACUACUCCGGCCAAGAAGUCGCCCCCGUUCCCACUAUUUUCAUCGGUGGGAAUCACGAGGCUUCCAACUACUUGUGGGAACUGUAUUAUGGAGGUUGGGCUGCCACCAACAUCUACUUUCUAGGCUAUGCCGGGGUUGUCAAGUUCGGUAAUCUGCGAAUUGGAGGCCUUUCUGGUAUUUACAAGGGGCGAGAUUACCGUUCAGGACACUAUGAGCGGCCGCCAUAUAACCAAAGCACAAUCAAAUCAGUCUAUCAUGUUCGUGAGUAUGAUGUCCAUAAGUUGAUGCAACUUGAAGAGCCGCUUGAUAUAUUCCUCUCCCACGACUGGCCUGUUGGAAUCACUGACUAUGGAGACUCAAGAACACUUAUUCAGCAAAAACCCUUCUUCCAGGAAGAGAUCGAGGCGAAAACUCUUGGAAGCAAACCAGCGGCUCAACUGCUAGAGAAACUGAAGCCUCGGUAUUGGUUCUCAGCUCACUUACACUGCAAAUUCGCCGCUGCUGUUCAACACGGGAACGAUGGCUCGGUGACAAAGUUUCUUGCCUUGGAUAAAUGCGGUCCAGGGAAAAAGUUUCUACAGAUCAUUGAUAUAGAGUCAGAGCCUGGACCUUUUGAAGUCAUAUACGAUGAAGAGUGGCUAGCAAUAACACGAGAGUUCAAUUCUGUUUUCCCGCUAACACAGAGACCAGCGAGUUUCAGCUCUGCUGCAAUGGAUAUACAAGAGAGUCGAGAGUGGGUGAGGAAGAAGCUAGAGGAAAGGCAGUUUAAACCUUUUGAGUUUGUAAAGACGGUCUCUGCGUAUAACCCUUCACAACGUAUCUUUGAUCCCAUACCUGAGAUCCCGCAGAAUCCUCAGACACUGUCUUUGUUAGAGCUGCUUGGUCUUCCAUAUCUCCUUGACUCAUCACCAGUAACAGGUGAAAGAACCGCCAUCCCUGCUUCACCGGUUCGAACAGAUUUUCAAACGUAUGAUAGUGAAAAAGUCCAUAUUGAUGAUAUCGAUGAAAUAGAAGAGAUAAUUGAAGCCAAGAACGAUUGCACACCAUGUUAGUGGGGAAAAAGAUUUGGAGACUAAAAAUGAGGUUUUCGCUUUACAUGUUGAUUUAUCAAGACUAGUUUUAUUUGUGAUGUUAAAAAGUUAAUCAAUACUAUUUUAUUCAUAUUUUUAUCUAUUUCAAAAAAUUAAUUCAUAUAUCAAUUUAAUAUUAUAGAAAUACAUAGUGAAAAUCAUCGAACAAAUAAAACAUAAAUUUAAUGAAUUAACAAAAUACAUUAAUGUAUUAAAAAAAUUAUUUGAUUCAUUUUUAAUUUAAAAUUUGAAUUAAGUGGGAAAUAUUUGUUAUCUAAUUUGAAAUAAAUGAAUUUAAAAUUGGAUUGGUAAAUGAGUUGGAAAUUUUUUAGAUCAUAAAUCAAUAUGAUUUGAGUGGAUUCAACCAAUUUCAAUUGAAUUAAAACAUAUAAUAAAAAUUAGAAUUUUGUUAUUCAUGUUGGAAUGAGCUUUAUAUUUUUGAGUUGAGAAGGGUCCCUCUCUACUGUGAUUGUGACAAGUCAAAUAUCUUGGAAUCUUGUCAUAUAUCUUGGAAUACGUAUGUUCUCUCGUUCUUUAUUCAGAAUGUGUAUUAGAAUGAUAGAGAAAAAAAAUUCACGCCUCAUAUUUUUCUGUGUAGGUAACACAGCAAGCUGAAUCAGAAGACUCUACGGAAACAAAACUUGUUGAGAAAGUGACUCCUAUUCAGAGUCGGUUCUUGUCUUUUCAAGCUUGCAUGUGCGCAUGGAUAUCACCAGUGUCAUUUAGCUUGAAAAGAUGUUAUUAACUCCCAAAUGAAAUGAUUUGAAGAUGGGAUUGAGUUGGAGACAUGUCCCAUUUGUUAUGAUUACGCUCAACCUCAUGAGAUGUUUGAAGUGCCGACUUGUUUCCACCGUGUUUGCAUUUCUUGCAUGAAGAAACAAGUCACAGAAUUGGUGCACGGUUGGAAAGCAACACAUUGCCCUUGUUGCAAGACAGAAAUUCUGAUAGAGGACUGCAAAAGCAUUGAUGAUCCGGGACACAUCAAUAUCAUAAUACACCACAAGAGGAAAGACAUGAUACACGUAGCUGUCAGACCACAGUCGAACUCGUCCGAAGGCUGCCAACACAUGACAUGCAUGUACUUCUCAUUUGUUUUAUUUGUGAGUUUACAUAUGUGUUGCUGAGAUUUUGUUUCCUACAUUUUGCUUUAUCAUCGUAAGUUUUAUUUGUGAUGUAAAGGAAAAGUGAUUAUUAACUAUUUAUAUUCAUAUAAUCUAUCUAUUUGGAAUUUAAUUUAUUUUAUAUAUCAACAUAAUAUUGUUAAAAUACAUAAUGACAAUCAUUAAAUAAAUAAAACAUAAAUAAUGAAUGAACAUAGAUUAGCAAAGAACAAUGUCAAAGAAUCUGCAAGUUGUUUCGCUACUAUAUAUUUGACAAUUUUCUUUGCUAAUAUAUGUUUCAAGAUAUGUAUUUGAGAUUGUUCUUUGCUAAUGUAUAAUCUGUUUUUUAUUUGUUUUUAUUGAUGUUCUAUUGUAUAUAUAGGUUACCACAGAAAUUAUUUCAAUUGAAGUUUUGACAUUUGUUAUAAUUGUCCAAUUUGGUCUCAGCAUUAGGUUCUAAUUUUUCUGUGAGAAUGAUUUAAUUGACCAAAAUUUGAGCAUGAAAUUUUGAUACACAUACAUUUUACUUGUGACUUUUAAGAAAAAGUGAAUUAUUAACUAUUUAUAUUCAUAUUUGUUUUCUAUCUAUAAUUCAUAUAUUUUAUAUCAACAAAAUAUAUGUUUAAGUACACAAUGAUUUUGGUUUGGGAUUGCCACUUUGCUUAUGUGGUAAAUUACAUUCCUCUUGAACAAUCUAUAGUUUAACAACAAUCUACAUUUUUGUAAUACUAUAUUUCACAUUGACAUUUAAUUUUGAGGAACUAACCAUGUGAGGUAAUCGACAUGGUGAACAACAUUAAGGUUAACUUAGAGACUUGUCUAAUCCGAUACAAAUACGUUUUGAUCUGACGAAAAGUUUGAGGUGUCGACAUGCAACACAUCUGCCUAGUUUGCAUGAGAAAAAAAGUCACAUAGGUACUACACGGUUGGAGACUAUCUAGCUGUCAAGGUGGAUCGAUAGGGAUCGAAAUCAAAGAAGAGCAUAGAUUCAGGAUUUGAGAUCUUUCGAGUCAAAGAAAAAGAUAUUCCGGUAGCUUGACAAGAAGAAUGAUAAGAUCAUUGAGUUCGCUUGUGUUGUAGGCACAGGGGGUAACCCACGAAUUGGUUGAAUGGUGGAACCAAGGUUUAAACUUGAAAACAAAGAGAACCGAUUUUUAUGAAUUUUUUUGAGUUUUAUAAUGCAAACAAAAACAAUUAUGAAAAUGAAUGAGAUGAUGAUGAUAAUGAUAAUAAAACAAGACAAAUAAACAAAGGAUAGGAUGGAAUCAAGCUGCUGGUUGUGUUACACUCUCAGCUUGAUCAAAUGAUGGUUGAAGUGGAAUGAGAUGGAGCUUUGCUUGCUGGUUGUGUAACUCUCUCAAGCUUGGCCAGUGGUUGGGAUGGACGAAAUGGAUUGAUAGACACCACAAAGAUCUAUGGAAGGGAUCUUUGAUAAGCCUGGUUGCUCUGGAGCUGUUUUUCACACACUCAAAAGACUUAGCAAUAGUUUUGAGAAACUAAAAAAACUGUAUUUUCAUUCAUAAAAGUUCAAGGGUAGUUUACAAAGACAAACUAAUUGAGCUUUAUAGGCUCGACUACUGGAACUCUCUAACAGUCAUAAAAUAACAUAAGGAAAGAAAUAAAAUCGAAAUAAUAAACUUGGAAGCAAAAGAAUUGAUGGCUCCAUGAAAACUAGCCGUUGGAGGCUUUAUGAUGAGAAUCUUGGCCAAAUGAAUGUAGAUGGUGUUCUCCUUGUAUCUGGACGGUUUGAGGGGAUAACUAAGCUUCCUAAGAACCUUCUUGAUGGUUUGGAAUGUGCUGAGGUCGUGCCUAAUCUGAAGGAAAAAGAGCUGUUGGACAUUAAUGUCGGUUUGCUCCAAAUAAGGCAGGUUUGAGUAAAUGAGGAUCGUCCUGAUCCAAUGUUGGCUGGUGCAUUGUAUAAACUUGUAGAACUCUUCUGGAUCUCUGGAUAGACUUCCUGAAUGUAUUGAUUGAUCUCCUGGUCGCCAAUUUCUGGUUUGAAGCUGAUUGAACCAGCUAGCUUUCAAUUGAAGCAAGUGUAGAACUAGUUUGGCCGGUUUUGGAGAUUGGAUCAUAACAUCAUAAUUCCGUGGUCAUUCUCCUGAUAAUGGGCUUUCUGGAAACCUGAGAGAUCCCUCUUGAAUCCUAUGAUGGGAUUUGGUUCAGGCUGCUCCUUCCUUGGGCUGGAAUCUCCUUCUAAAGUUGGGUACUCACAGAUGGACAGGCUGGAAAACCUCUUACUUGUAAAAUUUAUAACCUCUUGCUCCGUGAAUAGUUUGGCUCUAUUCCAAUUGGGCUGGACUCCUUCUUGAGUGUAGAAUCCAAUAAAAUUGGUUUCAUGUUGAAAUUCCUUCUGGUUGUAGAGAUAUACGCCUUGGACGGAACCUCGGUCGCUGGUACCUCCUAGAUGGCCGGUUUGGAAAGUUUGGUGAGACUCUGGUUGAACCACGGAUUUCAGGGCUACAACAGCUUGGAGCCAAAAGGUCAGAGAUUCGCCGUGAUCCACGGUAACUUACCGAGACCAGAUGUCAGUUUCUACUCAAUGCGGACCCCUGGAAGAGUUUUAAAGCUAGUUACUCUCAAAGACAAGCAAGCCAAUGCCCUCUUCUGGUCUCCCACUGGCAAACACAUGAUCAUAGCUGAUGGGUUAUGCUUAUGAAUAUGGCAACUGCUGACAACUUCAUGGCCACAGAUAUCAAGUGGGAUCCAACUGGAAGGUAUACCUACCUUAAACAUCACUCCUUAAGAUAUAACUAUGUUUCUCAGUUUUUUUUAAUUUUUGUUUCUUUUUUCAGGUACGUUGCAACUGUUGUGACAUCAUCGGUGAUGGAGGAUGGGUUUUACAUUUGGUCCUUGAUGGGAAGUUGCUUUACUGAACACUCAAGGAACAAGUCUUUCAGGUAUAAUUCAUAAAACUAUUAUUACUUGCAAUGCAAGUCUGUUUUGGUUUUCAGUUUGCUUGGCGUCCAAGACCACUGUUUUUGUUGUCAGAGCAAAAGGAAAAAGAGGUGAAAAAGAUCUGCGGCAGUCCAUGGAGAGGUACGAGGAAGAAGACGAAGACGAAGAAGUGUUGGAUUUGUUAAGCAGACAAGAGAUGGAGAAGAGAAGAGUCAUGGAAGAAGAAUGGGAGAUGUGGAUAAACAAGUGGAAACAGCUGCAUGAGGAAGAGAAACUCCAAACGCAAAAUCUCUUGGUGAGGGAGAAGAAGAGGAAGAAGAGCAUUAUUAUGAGACCAUUGAGGAGUUGAUGAAUGUCUAUGAGGAAGUUGUUUCCUUGGAACCAUGAGCAAGAAUAAAAUGUGGUUUUCUCUUUAUUCUUGUUUAAUUUUUUUUUUGAAUAAAAUUUGGUUGCUUCAUAUUUGGUAGCACAAUAUAACAAUUUAGAAUAGUAAUAAUCUUUAUAUGGAUUAUAACUAUAUGUUUUUAUCUGAUGGUAUACUACAUUGUCUCCAAUAAGUUCCUAGCAUGUGCAGAAUUAUACAUCACUUAUAUCAUUAUUUAGGACCGUUAUGCUCAUUAUGAAACUUGUUGACGAGAUGAGAUAUAACCAAAGUGUAUAUUUUUAAUCAGAGGUUAAAUCGAUCACCAGACAAAAGAUUUGGAACAGUUCUGGUAAAUUGGAUAUUUAGUAAGACUCGGUUUGAUACAUGAGAACCACAAUCUUAUGUUGUUAUGAUAUGUGUAAACCAUCCAAAUUACUGGCUAGUUAUUAGUACUAGGGGCAUUGCCUCCGCACAAGCGCGGAGUUGUGGACAGAGUUCUUGUUUCAUCUCAAUAUUUGCCAGAUCAUUGUAGUUGUGAAUUUUGUGUUUUGGGUUAAUCAUUGUUUUUCAAGUUUUUUUUAUUGUUAUAGAGUUAAAGUUAUGAUGAUGAAUUGUGUAUGCAUUGUUCUCCACUUAUGAAAGACUAAACUGUGUUAAUAAUGUGGUUGAUAUAGUUUGUGGUGUUGCUUGAUGUGUCACUGAGACUUGUUAUUUGUUUAUCUUUUUAAUUUUGUUUCUUGUACUGUUAAGAGUACAUAAAUUAUAUUAAGGUUGUUGAGAGUAAUUUUUGUUUCUGAAUAUUUUUUCUCCAAUUUAGUUGUGUAAGUUGUGUGUAUUAAGUAAUAAUUUUUAUUAUCCUUAUUAUGUUUGUUAUAUGUUUCUUUAUUUUUAAACUUGUUGAUUUUACCAGAAUUUUAAAAUAAAUACAUGAAGACUUGUAGAAAUAACUAUAAACUGAGUGACAAUUCUGAGUAUUUGGGUUUUAAUAGGUUUUAAACAAAUUUAUGUAUUUUUUAUAAGAAGACAAUAGCAUUAGUCUCUUGACAUUGGGCAUGUAAGUUAUUUUCAUAAGACAAGAGGACUGAGCCGGUGGAGAUGUGGUUGUCGCCUUUGUGUCUGUAUGGAUUGUCUCUUGUAUCUCUUAGUAUAGUUGUGUUUGUUUCUCUUUUAUUUGAUAGGUAAUAUGUAAACAAAAAUUACUGCUAGUUGUAUUUAUCAGAGUUCGUAACUUACUUUGCUUUUUUGUUUAGGUAUUUCACUGAUCUUGGUUAUCGUUUUUGUCUUCUUCGUAAGCAUUUGUGAAAGUAAGUUUGUAAAUUGUUAAAUAGCUGGCCGUGUAGUUUGUAUUUGUUUAGCUGACUCGAUGUAUGUGUCGUUGAGUUUUAGUUGAGGUGAUUGGUUUGGUAUAUUUGUUUUAAAGUUUAUUUGUAAGAUUAGACAAAAAAAAAAGGUUAUCAUUAAUGAUUCGUUUUUUUUUUUGUGAUUUUAGUUUUUGAUGUUUUGAUUGUUUGAGUUAUUGUGGUUUCUUUUAAGCUGUAAAAUAAAGGUUUGUGUAAAAUUAGUUUAAUAAGUAAGGGAGAUAAAUAGACGACCACAUAUCUUAGGUAGGAAAUAUUUUUGAUUAUUGAUGUUAGCACAAUAUAGACAGUAAUAUAAGGAGAAUUUUGUGUUGAUUGUUUCUCAUAGAUCAAUGGGAAACAGAUAACGACUCGAGUUGUUUCUUUGGUGAGAUCAGAGCCUUGGACAGAACGGAUUUGCCCAACCACAUCUGCGAGUUUAAAUAUCAGUUAUGAUAUCGAAACAUAAUAUAAACUCAGAUGCAAUAUGAUAAUAUACAUGGGAGUUCUGAGUUUGUGUUCGCAAUCACUUGGAGAUUGUCGAACAGUCUAAUCAUGACGGGAGAUUGAUCUCAAGAGCACUCGUGAUGACUUCAUCAAUAAUAGUUGGUGGGAUGAAACAAAUAAUGAAUGGAUGAUCAGUUAUCUUGUACAUGCUUGAGCACCUAGCAACCUCAAAAUGAUCGACUUACACAAUGGAACCGGCUUUCAAAGAUGGAUUGUAAUGAUUAGCCCGUCCGACGGGAAUAAAACCAUGAAUCAUAAAAUCUGCAAAUAAUAUUAUUCAACAAAGAAUCAGAAAAUCAAUUAAAUACAAUUAUGUUAAAUGUGUUAUAGAUCAAAGAUUAACUUACAUUUUAAUCAAGGAAGAGAACUGUGAUUCCCAUAAAUUCAUCAAGGAAGAGACCCGUGAUUUCCAUAAACUCAUUGUCUUUCUUGAAGUUCAGGAAAUCCUAGAAGCAGAGGAGGCCAGAGGCCAUACUCUAACUACUACAACCAAGACGGAGAGACUCAAAGAUUGAGUGACGGACGCCGGGGACGCCGGUAGGCUUGGGCAUUCGGGGUCCCAAUCGGGUUUCGGUUUUGUCCAAUCAGGUCUUUGUUUUUCGGGUUUAUCAAAAUCAGCCCCAUUCGGAUUAUAUAAAAAUUCGGUUCGGGAUCGGUUCGGGUUUUAUCGGGUUCGGAUCGGGGUUAGUAAAUCUUCAAAGAACCGGUACAAUCCGGUGUACUUUCGGGUUUUGGGUUCCAACCGGUUCUUCGGUUUUAAAGUACUUGAUCUAUACAUAUUUUGUAACCAAAACAUAAGUAAAAUCGGUUCUUCGGGUUUAAAGUACUUGAUUUGUACCUAUUUUGUAACUAAAAUAUAAGUAAAAUCGAUUCCGAAAUAAGAAAAAAACAUCAAACAUGAUCAUUCAAAGUCAAACGAAAGGUAUACGUUGUUAUUGAUAGAAAGAAAACCAAUAAAUGAAAUCAUAAAACGAAAAAUUAAGUUCUCAUGAAAUGAAAAAAAUUAUUCAAUGAAAAUAAAACCAAAAUCUAAAAAUUUCAAGCCUCAACCGCCACUUUCAACCAUCAAUCUUCAUGUAGUAGAUAGUUAUUGUAGAUGUUUAAUAAUAUCUUAGUGUAUUUUGGCUACAUAUCAGGAAUUGAGAUCAUGUUUGGUACAAGUUCUUUUUGGUAUUUUGAACGUUUCAGGUUUUAUCAGAUAUCCAUUUAAUUUCGAGUUCGGUUCGGAUCAUACCCAUAACCCGAAAUAUCAUAAAACAAGAUCCAUUCGGUAUUUAUGUCGGGUUCGGAUUGGUUCGGAUUUAUUUUUAUCGGAUCGGGUUCAGUUUAUUUUCCUAGCCCUAGACGCCGGUUUGAAGAACUGGAGAGGUAGAGAGAGAAUUUUUCUAGAAAAUGGUUAAAGCUAAGAGGAAUCAAUCAAUUUUGUGGAGAUGCAGAUUGGGUUCAUAAAAGAUGAGAACCAUAUAUAUAGGACUUACAAAGGGAUUACAAAUCAGGAACAUUUAUGAUCAAACGAUUUAAGAUGGAGAGAUGAAGAUUUCACCAGUGAAAAAAUAGAUUACGAACAGACACAAAACGCAACUUUGUAACUCAGACUUGUCUAGACAAUGAUGAAAAGAAUCAUAACUCAUGUUAAACGACGACAGUUUAUAAUAUGUGAAAACUAUAAUUGUUGCAAACUUAAGGCUUGUUUUCAUAUAAUGUGAUGAAUCACAUUUAAAAAUAAAACCCAUAAUACAGUUAUAGACCCGGUCCUCAAAGGAAGCCAAAGAAAUCAAGGGAUUCUGAUAUUCAUAAAUAUAUAUUAGUUUCGACCAUCAAUAUAUAAAAUAUAAUUUAGUUUAGUGGUAUAAAUGUUCGUGUUUAUAUCUUAAUAAUUCGGAUUCGAACUAUAGACUUGAUACUUUUUCUCACUUUUUAAAAAUGAGGUAUACAAAAUGCUGAUGUGGCAAAGUACCUCAUUAUAAUGUUGAUUUAUCACGUUUGCUUAUGUUUUUUUUUUUUUUGAACUGCACGUUUGCUUAUGUUUUACAUGGUAAUAUACAUCCAAAGCGUUUUUGCAUAUAAAUUACAUAGCUAUCCAAAACUCUGAUUAAAUCGUACAAAGUUGAAACUUGAAAGAAAAGUAUUAACGUACAAAAAUAUAUAAACGUAAAACUAAAGCAAUAAAUGAAAGAAAAUCUUAAUAAAAUUGCUCUCUCUUCUCUCUAGAGAAUAUUCCUCUCUAGAGCCUUGGACCAUCUUUCUUGGUUAAUUCAACAAGAAAGAUCUUUGUCUUUUCAUUCCUGGAUCCUAAUUCCCUUAUCCGAUUAUCAUAUCCCUUUCUCUCAAAACCUUAAAAUCUGAACCAUCAUGUCUUCAGAGAUGGAUAACGCCCUUUUAGCCCUCUCUUUGAAAGAUGAUGAUGAUGCUCCUUUUAACCUUCCUGAUUUUCCUCAAUUCUACGCCACAGAAAGAAAUGCAUGCAGCUUGAUAGGUCGUCUCCUUAACCCAAGAUUUCAGAACAUGGCUAAUCUGAUUCUAGACAUGCCAAGGAAGUGGCAAAAGGUUAAUCGGGUUAGAGGUAUCGCUCUCACCAAAGAAAGAUUCCAGUUCAUCUUUUCGCAUGCAAAUGAUCUUCAAGAUGUUCUCGACAAAGGCAUGCAAACUCACAAUGACUGGGGAUUAGCUAUAGAAAGAUGGGUUGAAACACCUCCUCCGGGCUAUCUUCAAUCAGUAUCAAUAUGGGUCAGAAUAAGCAACAUCCCGGUUAACCACUAUACAAAGCCAGCCAUCACAGAGCUAGGAGAACUAAUUGGUCAUGUUGAAGUGGUCGCUUUUGAUCCUGAAAAAUCUCAAAGGCAAGACUAUGUUCGUGUGAAGAUCAAUAUCGAAGUUACCAAGCCUCUCAAGAAAUCAAGGGUUCUCAACCUACCGGGCGGAGGUCAAACUACCAUCUACUAUUUCUAUGAAAAAGUCCAGAAAAGAUGCACGGAAUGUCAACGGCUCACACAUGCAAAGGAACAUUGUCCUCUCCUAGCCUACAAACAGAACAUGCGUGCGGUGGAAGCAACUAAAAACCGUCUCUCUCCUUCUACUUCCAACCAUACCUUCCUCUCUGAAGGUGAUCCUCUGUUUGGAGUCCUACAUGAGGACCAAGUUGGUAUUAAUCCUCUCUCCGGUCGUCCUCGCAUUGCUCCGGAGAUUCUUCAAGAAAUGCGGAAUUACCUCCUUGCCUCAAGUAAAGAAGAGAGGCAUGUUAGGGAGCAGAGAGUGAUUUUCUCGGUGAAAGAAGCUGAGAAAAACCCUAUUACCCAAAAGGCGAUGUUACAACUCAUUCCACCGCCGAUCUUCACUACGAACCUUGAUAAGGGUAAAGGAAUAGUCUUUGAUUUUGAGAAAGCUUCCAGUGAACCUGAAACUAACUCUCAACCUCAGAAGCUUAUGGCAUCGGCAAUAUCUGCAGGACAAUUAUUGAAUAACCCUAUCAAUAAUGUCUUCUGUAGGCUCUCAUUGCCCCCUGUUCUAAUGCCCUCAACUCAGAUUUCAAACCUCUCCUUCUCUGGUGGUUCAAACAUCUCAAUACCGACUGAGAAGCCAAAAAGGAAGAGUGGAAGAUACAAAAGGAUUCCUAAAACUCCUAAGAAGAUGACAAAGGCUACAGACGAGACUAUGGCUUCUACUUCGGAAGUAGUGAUUCCUAGCAAAAAACGUAAAGCCGAAAAUGAUCUCUUUGGAUCUUUCAGGACAGAUAAGAAGAAUGCUCAGAACUCACCUCAAGAUGGUCUGCUCAAAAACAAAGAAGGUUUUCAAUUGGUUGUUGCAUCCAAGGCUGCCAAAGGCAAUGCAUCAGAGAUGGUCCCGCAUGAGGGACCGUCCAAACCUUGAUGAGCUUCAUCAGCUGGAACUGCCGGGGCUUGGGAGAUCCUCAUGGCCUGACAGUUCAACGCCUCACGGAACUAAGACGUACUUACUUCCCUGAGGUGCUUUUUUUAAUGGAAACUAUGAAUGCUCGGAACUCUCUAGUAGAUAUGCAAUGUUGGUUAGGCUAUGAUCAUGUCUACACUGUUGACCCGGUAAAUACUUGGGGGGGUCUUGCUUUUUUUUGGAAGAACAGUGUUGGGGUGGAUAUUUUGUAUGCGAACAAGAAUGUUAUGGAUAUUAAAAUCAUGUAUGAAGAUAAGUGUUUCUAUGUCUCGUGUGUUUAUGGCAACCCAACUAUAAGUCUGCGACAUCUUGUUUGGGAGCGUUUGAUUAGAUUCAGUAUCAAUAGGGAUAGUAGUUGGUGCAUGUUUGGAGAUUUUAACGAAAUUUUAAAUAAUUCUGAGAAGAUUGGGGGUCCAAGAAGAAGCGCCUCCACCUUUCAAGAAUUUUCCGAAAUGCUAGAAAUAUGUGGCAUGAUAGAACUUCCAAGUUCGGGAAACCCCUUCACAUGGAGUGGAAAGAGAGGUAAUCUUUGGAUUCAGAGUAGACUUGACAGAGCUUUUGGGAACCAGAAAUGGUUUGAUCAAUUUCCGGCUUCAAACCAAGCCUUUCUUGAUAAAAGAGGCUCUGACCAUCGCCCUGUUUUGAUCAAGUUAAUUUCCUCUCAAGACUCUUACAGAGGUUCUUUCAAGUUUGACAAAAGAUUUUUCCAAAAACCCUUAGUUUUUGAAACCAUCAACCAAGCGUGGAACUCUUCUUCUCCAAAUUCAAACAUCAACAUUGCCUCUCGUAUCAGAUUUUGUAGACAGGCGUUAAGUAGAUGGAAGAAAGAGAAUGUCUCCAACUCCAAAUUAAGGAUUUCGAAGAUUCAAGUGGAACUUGAACAAGAACAGUCUUCGAUGAAUCCUUCUUUCCCAAGAAUGGAAAAUCUCACCAAAUCCUUAGUCAAGGCUUAUAAAGAGGAGGAAAAUUUCUGGAAACAAAAGUGUAAGGAUGAUUGGAUCCUUUAUGGUGACGGAAAUACAAAAAAUUUUCAUGCUGCUGUCCAAGUUGCGAGAUCAAGAAAUGAGAUCGUUAAACUUCAAGACAGCAAUGGGAUUUUUCAACGUUCUGAAGCUUCUAAAGGUCAAGUAGCCAUCAACUACUUCAGUAACCUUUUCAAAUCUACCAACUCGGUGGAUUACUCUGACCUUCUCAGAGACUUACCGGUAAGAGUCUCAAAUAAUAUGAACAUGAUCCUCACAAGGAAGAUCACCAAAGAGGAGGUUAAGGAAGCGGUUUUUUCAAUCAAACCUGAUAGUGCUCCUGGAGCUGAUGGGAUGUCAGGUUUUUUCUUUCAAAAAUAUUGGGAGAUAGUUGGAGAUCAACUUACUAAAGAAGUUCUUUUAUUUUUUGAGACGGGUGAUAUGCCCUCUGAUUGGAACUACACACAGAUUUGUCUGAUUCCAAAGAAGACAACUGCUUCGGUUAUGACUGAUUUGAGACCUAUCAGCUUAUGUACGGUUAUGUACAAGACCAUUUCCAAGAUUCUAGCCUCAAGACUUCAAUGUUUUCUUCCUGAGAUAGUAUCACCGACUCAAUCAGCUUUUGUUUCAGAUAGACUCAUAUCUGAUAACAUUAUUUUGGCUCAUGAAGCAGUCCAUAGUCUCCGAACUCAUGAAGUGAUCUCAAAAUCCUACAUGGCUGCAAAAACGGAUAUGUCAAAAGCUUUUGACAGAGUGGAAUGGAAUUACCUUCAGUGGCGGAGCUACGUUAGUGGAGAGGGGGGCAGCUGCCCCAGAUAAAACAAAAUAUUUAUCAAAAUCGUUAAGUAAUUAACCAAAGCUUCGCUAGAUCAGUUUAUCUUGCCCCCGUUGAAAUUUUCUUCCUGCCCCCACCAAACCUUCGUUCAAGCCUCACAUCUCACCAUUUCAUUUUUUUUAAUCUCAUAUUUAUCAGUUGUAAUAAAUUAUUGAUACUUUCCUAUUUUGCAUGUACACUAAUAUCCGUAACAAAAUAUUCAAUGCAUUUUUGUAUUUUAUUUAAA